CUUCCACAACGGGAAGCGGACAAACAUCGCCAUGUCUCCACCGUUCACCCAAUCGCGACGCUGCCUAAGGAUGCGCAUGUCGGGGACGGAGAUCACGUGUCCCUGGUCACGUGUGCAAGCGGCAGUCUCGGCCGUGGGACUCUGCAGACGAAGUGUGUGGAUCAUGUGGGUGCUGAGGCCUUUAACUCCGGGAGGAGAAGGACCUUACUAUUUAUUAGUUGGUGUAAAUUACAUUGUUGGACGAAAAAACUGUGCAAUCCUUCUACAAGAUGAUCAGUCCAUCAGUCGUUCACAUGCUACACUUUCGAUUGUUCAUCCUGCUGCAAAUUUGAACCAAGUUGCCAAUAUCCCAGUACUGACAUUAAAAGAUACUUCAAAGUAUGGCACCUUUGUAAAUGAGGUGCGAUUAGAAAAGGACAAACCAAGGAUCUUGAAUUCAGGAGAAUUGGUUACAUUUGGAGUUUUUGACAGCAAAUUCAGGGUAGAAUAUAAACCCCUGAUCGUAAGCUCUUCCUGUUUGGAUGGGCCGGUUAAAAUUGCACUGAACCAAUCAAUCCAAUGUCUUGGAGGUCAUGUUACCAACAGUUGGAUAGAGGAUAACACUCACCUUGUUAUGUCAUCAGUAAAGGUUACAGUGAAGACUAUAUGUGCAUUAAUCUGUGGUCGACCAAUAGUAAAGCCAGAAUUCUUUGUUGAUCUUAUUGAAGCAAUCCGAAAUAAAGGACAACUUCCCAAUUCAGAAAGUUAUGUCCCACCCAUUGAUGAACCUAGCAUCAAACCUGGAGAACUAGAUGUCACAGUGAAACCAGAAAGAAAAUCAAUUUUUAGUGGCAAGACAUUCUUCUUUUUAAAUGAAAAACAGCACAAGAGGCUGAAUACUGCUAUAAUUUUUGGUGGAGGAGACGCUAAAGUUUUGGAGAGUACUGGAUCAAAUACUUUGCCAAUUGAAGCAGCAGGAAGUUGUGUUGUUGAUAUUGGUAUAUCAGAUUCUCAGAAAAUUUCAAAUUCAAUGGAAAAAUGGAUCGAGUCUGUAAUGAGAGCAUUGCAACGAAAUGGAUUGCGUGCAAUACCCGAGGCAGAAAUUGGUUUAGCUGUUAUCUACAGUUCAACAGAUAAUUACUGUAACCCGCACAAAAAGCCUAUUUGUGAAACUAGUUCACGAACAAUGAUUCCAGGUCCUACACUCUCUCAAAGUGACAUGAUAGCUCCGGAGUUGUCACAAACUAUUGCAUGUGUUCCAGAUACCCAACCAACGCAGGAUCAAAGGACAAGAUCAAUCAGAAGUCAUACACAAGUGGUAGAAGAAACACCAGAAAUGGAAGCGGUUAAUAAAGUGGCAACACAGAAUAUUUCUGCAGUAGAGGAAACGUUCAGCAUGAGUCUACUGAAUUCUACACAAAAAAAACAUUCGAAUGAAGAAAAGAGACAAACAUUGACGAUUGAUAACAAAAAAACGUCCACAGCAACAAAACAUAAGCACGCUGAAAGGAAAGGCAACAACUCUUCCCAAAAACAGUCCCAUCUUAUCCACGACUACUUCCAACCAGUGGAAAGAAAAAGGGAAAGAGAGGAAACUGGAUUAUCUCAGGCUAAAUUUGCAAGAACAGAGGGCCCAGACCUACUAGAUGAUCAUCCUCCACACAUUGAUUCCACAAUGGAAACAAAAGAUUCUGAAUGCAGAAAUCAGAGUACACAGACCAAAUAUUUUUCUGAAAACCUCAAAACAGAAUCCAAUGCCAAGUGUUCAAAAGGUAAUGCUGGACCAUUAGAUGAAGCAAAAACAACAGGAGAUGAUGUCCCACAGAAAAAUGAACUUCUGUGUGAGUUUAAAACAGAAAAAAGAAAACAUGAAGAAAACCUGGAAGAUGACGUGAUAUUUUCCGGAGAUCAACUACUGGGAGAGAGUAAAAGGAGAAAGGUAGAACUUGACGUUUUGACAUACAGUAUGAAGGAUGAGCAUAUGACAGAUGUGAAAGAUGAGCCCGUGUCAGAGAAUGGGGUUAAAAUACCUCAUUUGGAAUUACUGCAGCAAUCUGAAAAUUAUGAUACUACUCCAAGCAAACUUAUGUUAACUGUGUUCAAGUCACUUGUUGUUACUCAGCCUGGAAGAGCGACUCAACCUAUCUCCAGUAACAAUGCCAAUGACACCCAACUGAAGAACUUUAAAAAAUUUACAAAGGUUUUGUAUCCUGGUGCAAAGGCACUUCCGAAAAUUAUUGGAGGCACAGAUCUGAAGGCUUAUCAAACCAAAAAGAAUUCAGAAAUGGAAGAGUGGUUAAGACAAGAAGUGGAGGAACAGAGCCAGAAAGCGAAGGAAGAGAACCUUGCAGAUGACUUGUUCAGAUAUGACCCAAAAUCUAUCAGAAAAAGAUGAUGCAUUUGGGGAGAAUCAUCACUGGGAGCAAUAAUCAAACCCUUCAGAGUAUAAUGGUAUGUAGCUGAAGAUGAGACCCAGAAGUCAUGAAGAUUUCCUUUUGGAAUAUUUACAGUUAAUUCUAUUCACGUUUAGGUGUUAAUUUUAAAAGUCAGUCUUUUUUUUCUAUACUUCUGUUGACCACAUCGUUAGGCUACAUCAAGUUUGGUGAGAAUUUAGAGGAAGUUGGUGGAGAGCUGUUAAGUAACAUUGGCUAAUGAAUGUAUACUACCAUUUUGAAACAUGAAUGUAUUAAAUAACUGAUUCAAAAAAUAUAUUAAAAUUCUUUCAUGUACCAUAAAAAUUAAUUUAAUAUUCUUUAUAUGUUUAAAUGUUCACAAGUACGUUUAUACAACAGAGUGGUAUUUUACUACAAAUGUUGUACAGAAGUCAGAUUUGAAAAUAAAGAAUUACAGUUUUAGUAGUACAUUGGAAUAAAAUAUUCUAGUGGCCCAAGUUGUCUGUAUGAAAAAAACCUGAGUUGUUUCAUAUGAACCUGAGUUUAUCUUUGAUCCAAAUUUGCCUUUAUAUAGUUAUUUUGUUUAUAUGAAAAUAGAUCUUACCAUUCAAAUUGCAGAUUCUGCAUUAGCAAAUACAGCUUAGAUUUGUCAAUCAACUUAUCAUGUUGAGAUGUGUUUAAAUCAAUGUGCCUGUAAUCGUUAAAAUGCUAUGGCCAUUCUGCAUUAUUAGAGUAAACUUUUGUGUGUAACUUACAGUAAUCAUAAGUCAUUUAUGUGAACGAUUUGUCUUUCACAAUGUUUAUUUACCUUUACUUACAAAAUUGUUUCACAAGUGACAUAGGGCAGAAAAAUUACACCAAGCUUCAAAGAUUUUAACAGUUACCAAGUAGGAAUCAAAAUCAGCAUCUAGGGUUUAAGAGAAUUAUUAUUUGAAAAUAGCUAGCCAGCAGCAGCAGCUACUACUAAAAGAGAAAUUGUUUUGUUUUUAUUAAUUAUAUCAAUUUAGAAAUUUCUUAACAAUUAUGUACAUUUUCAAAGAAUUGGCAUAAUUGAUAGUUGAACACUAGGAGAUAGUUGUGGGAAAUAGUGACCGAAUUUGGGCGGUAAUAGGUGGAAACAAGAAAAAGUUGCAGAUUUUGUGAUCUGGUAAGAAAGAUAGAGAGCAGAAACAAAUAUGGGUAGUAAGAAAAAGGGGGGGGUGAGACCCAGUGGGAGAUUUGUGUGGUGAUGGGCAGAUGGAGGCAGAGAAAGAAACUGGGUGAUCGGGGACUGGGGUUUGGAAAUAAGAGGCUUCAUGGGAGGACAUAGGUUGACCAGGAGCAGCAAGGAAGGAUCAAGGGAAGGAGGUUACCUGAAAUUUGGAAUUCACUGUACAUGCCAUUGGGUUAUAGACUACCCUGGGAGAAUAUGCAUUACAGUUCAUCUAGUUUGUGUUUGGCCUCACCAUUUUAAGCUGUGCUUUUAUUUACCCUUCCUAUUCUCACACCAACCUAUCUAUCCUUGGUAUUUUUCGCUACUAGGAUAAGGCCAAACGCAAACUAAAGAACAGCAGCUCAUCAACAGGCAGUUAGUGCUGCCACAGUUCUUUCAGCAAAGCAAGUCGACCAUUCCAGCUACUUUACACACACCCAGCAGAGAACAGAGUUGUAUUCAGAAUUUUAAUAUGUACAUGUAUAACAGCAUGUUUUUAUUAGCCGUAAAUUGUGAAAUAUACUUACUAAAAUACAACAAAAUCAGAUUUCAGUGAACAUAAAAUAGUACAAUAUGGACUGCCAUUUGACCUACGAUGAGCGAAUCAUAACAUUAGUUUAUACAAAAUGUUAUCCUGUUUAUCAUCCAUAUCCCUGUAUUCCCCUCAUAUUCAUGGGUCCAUCUAAAGGCUUCUUAAAAUCCACCAAACUGCCUGAUCCCACUACUAUCCUUGGUAACCCAUUCCAAGCACUUACAUGCUCUGACCUUAAAAGCAUGUCCUCUGGUAUUUGUCAUUUCUACCCUGGAGAACAAUUUUAACUCUCUACCUCAUAAUUUUAACAAUCUCUAUCAGGUUUGCCCUCAACCUCCAACACCAAGAAUAACCUAAGUUUGUCCAACCUCUCCUUAUAGCUCAUACCCUCCAAACCAGGAAACAAUGUGGUAAACAACUUCAUACUUCCCACAAUCCCACAUCCUUCCUAUAAGUGGUUACUUUAGGGCAUCACAGCAGUGUAGCAAUUAGCACGAAGCUAUUACAGCUCAGGCUGUCUAAGGAGUUUAUAUCCUACCCGUUAAGCCAUAGCUUUCUUCUGGGUGCUCUGGUUUCCUCCCACAUUCUAAAGAUGCCAGUUAGUAGGUUCAUUGGUCAUUGUAAAUUAUCCUGUGAUUAGGUUAAGUUUAAAGAGGUGGGUUGCUGGGUGGUGCAGCACUUUGGGACAGGAGGGCCUGUACCUCAAAAUAAUGGGGUGAUCCAGAAAUGCAUCAAGUGCAGUCAGACUGAAGUUUUAUAUUCAUUACUCUCAUAAUCAACGCCCCAAAUACUGAAGGCAAACAUUCCAAAAUUUUCAACAUCUGUAGUUUCUCUUGUGUUUAAAUAACCCAUAUGCCUUCUUUACCAUCUCAGCCACUUGUGUGGUCAAUUUGUCUGAACUAUGACCCUGGACAGCAGUAUCUGUGCAUCCUCUGCAAUCUUGUUCCAUGCAUAAACAGGUAAAAUGUAUCAAAUAAAAAAUUGUAGAUGACUCAACUUCUCCAGAUUAUCAUGUCCCCUCUCACCCCCAAUAAAACUUAAUAUGGAUGUAUGGCUAAAAUUGUGUAAAGAUAAAUGAUGCUUCCACUUUUGGAAAGCAGCUGAAAAUUCUGGCUUCACCCAUUUUUGACUUCUUUUCUAGGCAUUGACAUUGAACUUACCUUGGUUGCUGAGGUCGAUAAAUGUAAACUGUUGUGUAUUAAUAUUUAAUAUUUCAGUAAUAUUUUGUGUAUAAAAUAUAUACACACACACAUAUAUAUAUAUAGAUUAAGCAUUUUUCUUCAAUUUAUUACAGGUUGUAUGUAUAAAUAUGUGAAUUGCAAACAUCAUGCUGUCACGUGAUACACGUGUGCCUCACUUAAAGUAAACUCAAGGUUA